UUUAUGUUCUUUUUAGUCCAUUACGACGAGUCUGCGAGUGUUAACGUGCGCGUACGCAAGACAAUUGUUGAGCAUUCGAAAGCGUCUAUUCGUUUCAGUUGGAGUGUUGAUGCCGCAAAGUGAGUUUUUGGCAAGUCAAGUAGCCAAGCGGUGGCACACUGUGUUUUCUACAAUAACUUAGUGCUAAUAAUUAGAAAAAUAUAAUAUUAAAUAACUAAGUUUAUUUUUUUUGAUGAAUUUUAAAUAAAAAAAAAUUAUAAAAAAAUAAAAUUAAAAAAUAAUAAUAAUUUAGUGCUUUCCAAUAAAAAAUAAAGUGCACGCAUAUUUUUCCACCAGUUUGAAGUGUUGUUACUCCAAUAAAUUAAACAAAAAGUGCAAAUUGCAACAACUGCGCUAGCUGCCAAGUUACACACUCACACAACAAUAAUAACAACAACAACAUAUUGUAACCGGCUAAGCUGGCAUUCAACGAGCCCAUCGGCCACUGCGCCAGCCACACUAACCAAUGUAACUCCAAGUCUCCAACCAGCCAGUCCAGCUGCUUCGCGCCGUAAGCCCCGCCGUCGCCACAGCUAGUGCUAAAAUACGUGUGUAUUGUUGCGGUUGCAACAAACAAAAAAAACAAAUAAAUGCAAUAAAUACAAAAUAAAUGGAAAAUGUUGCAAAACUUCCAUUAAACGAGUUUGACACAUAAACACAUGCAACACGGCCUUACAAGUGUAUCAGUGUAUGUGUGUUGUUGCUGUGUGUCUGUAUUUGUUUUUGUGUCCGCGCUCCGGAAAAACCUGUUGCACUCGGUGCUGCAUUCACACGCUCCGUGGCCAUCACAAACGGAGUGCAUUCAUUCUAUUGCAGUGUGUGUUGCAUGCAACAAAAAAUGUCCCGCUGUUGAAUUGCAUGUGGAAUGAACGAAAUAUAUUAUUGCAGCGAGCCACUAGAAUAGAAGGCACUAAAUAAUAGCAUUGCUAACUUAAGCUCUUGGAACUAACAUCUCGUAACACAAAACACAAAAGGAAAGCGAAAAAAAUAAAUUCGUUGUAGUUUCACCAUCAAAAUGCAGGACAUACGUUUGCGCGUCGAACAGCCCAUGUCGCGUGUAUCUCCCACACAAACGCGUCGCCCCAUACACCUACUGCCACAAAUAAGCUUAAGCUGCAAUGAACCGCCUUUGGAAGCGCACCUGCAGCCCAGUCAACAUGCAGUGCCGCGUUCACCGAGCUCCGAGGAGGAUAACUCACCCACAGAAAUGAAUAAUUGCCGGCGUAUGGCGGAUAAGCCACCUUUGGUGAAACGGCUCACAAUGGGCAUGGGGCUGCUGCGUGGUACCGAAGACAGUCGCCCACUAGUGCACACAGCCUCAUCUUCACUCAAUUCCGGCUCAUCACAAACCAUCUCCGACGGCUAUGUGAACGAAGCCAUUUGCGAGCCAGAGAAAAUGAUAACCAACAAAUUCGGCGACUCCUGUCGGCAGUCGUUGACCGCGCUGCCAACGCUGGAAGCGACGCAUAUGGGCUUGCAGGAACACACCGAAUUUAGCUAUAAGAAAAAGUAUCUGCGUGAAACGUGUAGUGCCAACUCCAGUCCAAAGAUGUUUGCGCCCAGCGCGCCGCUACGGCUCGACAAUCUCAGCUUGGCGGAGCAGCAUGAACUGAAAGGCGCCGCCUGGUUUCAAGCCGGCAUACCGCGUGAGAUCUCAUUGGAGGUGCUGUCGCGUCAGAGCCCUGGCGCCUUCCUGGUGCGACAGAGUAGCACCAAACCCGGCUGUUUUGCAUUAUCACUGCGCGUGCCACCGCCCGCGCCCAAAGUGGCACACUACCUGAUACUGCGUACGCCGCGUGGCUACAAAAUCAAGGGCUUCACCAAGGAGUUCACCUCGUUGCGCGCGCUCAUUACACACCAUUCGGUAAUGCCAGAGCUGUUGCCUGUGCCACUGGCAUUACCACGGCCGACGAAUAUGGGCGCAGGCGCACCGGGUAGUCGACAUGGCUCACGAGGCAGUGAAUUGGAUGGCUGUGAUGAUUUCGAUACUUAUGGAUCGCUAAAUGAUUUUCGCAAAAUGAUGGCCGACAUGAAUGUAUGACUUUUGAGUGAGACAAUGAGUGGGGACAACGGACUGACGGCGCCAAGUAGGCAAGGCGAGACAGCAACAACGGCAACAACAACUGCAACACCAGCAAGUUGACCUCGAAUCAGCUGUCUGAGGCGCUGGUGGUGUGGACGCGGUUGAGGAAUUUAGGUGUAGCACAACCAAUAAAGCAACAACAACAACAACACAAUAUUAAAGUAUAGCAAUAAGAAAAGUAGUCACAAACAGCAGCAAAGCAUAUGCCACCGCACACAUUGUCGUUUGUGGCAAUAACGCAGCGGCCGGCAAAAGUAGUCGUGUUGCAAGCAUUGCAAGAUUUGAUAAAUCAUCGACGCAAUGCGAAUGUUAACGAGCCAUCAUCAAGAGAACAUGCGAAGACAACAACAAUUACAAGCAGCCUGUAAUACAAAAACAACAACAACAACAAAAUCGUUACUCACAACCACAGCGCAGAGUUGGAGUUACAGCACUAUUCAAUCAACAGACAUAACAUCAACAAGCACAACUAUAAAAUCAAAUACAACAACAACAACAUUCAUUACAAAUACCAUAUGCUUUACACCAAUGGCAUUGACAGUGACCAUGACAGUGAUACUGGCAACUUGCCUGCCACAUACGAGCCUCUUCCUGCAACAAGCAUACUCGUAUAAAGUGUAGCAGCAACAACAGCAACCUGUGGCACAACCGCAUAGGUAACAUCCACACACAUAACACUCAAAGUGCUGUUUAAUUAAUUAACACCGACAAGCGAUACACCAGCAGCAGCAGCAGACACAAGCCGGCAACCAAAUGUCGGACGACAAACGAAAUCUAGGCUGCACAAAUCAGCCAACUUGCACCCACUCAUGCGUCCCAUGCAACACUGUCUGCUGUUGUCCACUCUUCACCACUGGCUGGGCAUUUAGCCACGAUGACUUGUUGAAAUUCUAGCAAAAUGCAGAGUUUACGGCAAAUAGCUGCAUAACUGCAGUUGUCAGCAUUGUCUAUGUGAGUGUGCGAAUGUGUGUGUGUAUAACUUUAGUGACUACUGUUGAUUAAGCUCAGUAAUUAUUUUAAUUGGGCAACAUAUUCAAUGAAAUUGCAGGCAGACAUUGCUGGCUAAUGAAAAUCCCAGAAUCACAGAAGAUUUACGGUACAUAAACGAAUCGCCAGCUAUGCGAGUAAUACCUACGUAAGUUUGUUAGUUAGUGCGUGUAAGCAAGGUUAAUCCUAAAAUAUUUAGUUGAGCUUUAUGUGAAGGUUUUCGCCUGCUUGGAAGUGGCUUAGUAAUUUAACAAAGCCAAGCAGUAAUUGAUUUAUUGCCUCUGAGUGAAGUUGUAAGUUUGUAUGCAUUUGUGUAUGUGUUUAUUGUACCUCAAUGGCAAAGUGCUUAGCAAGAAUCCUAGACAAGUUGAAUAUGCAAUAGAAAUCUUCAAGCAUUAGAGGUGGGACCACUAAGACGUCUGAACCACAAGUCUCAUUUGUAAAUUAUCUAAUAGGAGGAUUGCAAAGUAUAUAACAGUUAAUGACUGCAUAUGAGACAGUUUCUUACACAGACACCUGGCUGAAAUUUAAGUUGAAGCUUUCAAAUAUUUUCAUUAAUACGGAAAAUGUUGUUAAGCUCUUUUAUGUACAUACGAGUUCAGAGUUUAUAUGCACUAAAUUUCUGUCCUGUGGUUUUCUUUUGAGGACUCAGAAUAAAAAAAACGCUAAUAGAGGCAUUCACAGAGAAUACAAUGAGGCCCGUAUGCUCCCAGUGAGGUAGCAUAAUGAGCUUCUCUCCAAGCAGUUUCUGCUGGGUUGUUUUCCUAUAAAUCAUCCCUGCUAUCCUUAACUACAUCGACGACAUAAGGCAGUAGACCGACCAGACUUCGAACGCAACUAACUUCAGACAUGCACUGACCGCCCUUCACAAUGGAGCCAUAAACUACUUCUCUAACUUGCUCUCAGUAAAUGGCGUACUUGGCGUCAAACCACCAUCCAUUGCAGACGACGAGCUCGAUUUGCCGCCAGAGCUGAGAUUUACCCUUUGCGCAGCUCCGUUUUGAUUACUGUAUCAGGUUAACCUUCUACUUAUCCCGACCCCGACAUACAUAGCAAAUAUAUAUCCAGUAUGCAACGAGCUCAGCUAAUCCUACCAAUAUCUGACACCCCUCUCUGUAUAGUCCGACCCCGUCGAAACAGCACAUUUCCUUGGUCUACCGUUGGAUGACCGCGAUGACCACUUAUCUGAGCCUUACCAACUUAACGGGGACUAGAUAACCGUUACAACAACAACAAUACGAUGAAUGCUGAACAAAUUCGAAACAUUAGUA